AUGAAGGCUCUCAUCGAUCAAGAUGAGGAGACUUUUCAUAUCGCGCAGUUUAGAAGGUUCGUUUCUUUCGUAGUGUAGUUAGGCUGAAUGAGAUUUUGAGCAAGUGAGUUGAAAUAUUGGGUUUUAAUCGUAUUCAUAGGAUAGACAAGCUUCGUAUGAUAUGACGUUAUCCAUAAGUGAUUCGACUAAACGUCGUUAAAUCACAUAUGAUAAAUGUCGUCAGUUGCGAUGCGGUCUUGCGUUGCGUGUAGAAGUCACGUGUCUUUGAAAGGAGUAUUUGUCUACACGCAACGCAAGACCGCAUCGCAACUGACGACAUGAAAAAUGAAUGGCAAUUGACCUACGUUUUUAAUGGGAUUUAACGACGUUUAGUCGAUAUUUAGUCUAAAUCACUUAUGAUAAAUAAAAAACUAGGUCAAAUGCCAUUUAUAGGUACUCAUGUCGUCAGUUGCGAUGCGGUCUUGCGUUGCGUGUAGAUAAAUACUGUUUUUAAAGACACGUCACGUAUACACGCAACGCAAGACCGCAUCGCAACUGACGACAUGAGUAACGAUUAAAAUCAAAUAUUUCGAAUACGAUUAAACUCCAAUAUUUCAACUAACUUGCUCAAAAUCUCAUUUAGCCUAACUACAUACGUCCAACUAUAUGUCGUAGCACAUUUUCCACAAAGAAAAUAUUUUCUAGACACGCUUUUAUAAGUGUAGCCUUGUCAACCACAUGUAUUCUAUCAAUUUUGAUAAUGACACCAAUCGCCUAUCAAUCAAUUCAACGAAUCCACUCGCAUAUGCUAAAUGACGCGAAUUUCUGUCAAACACGUAGUCGAGACAUUUGGACAGAAACUCUGGAGAUGGCGAAAUCGCGAGGACAAGAGGAGCAGGAGAUAUUCGCGCGGACGAAACGAGCAAUGCCACAUGGCACUUGGCUCUUUGGGCAAUUUAUACCGGAUAGAUCGACGAGAAAUCGGAGACAACAAUAUGCGGAGAAGGAUGCUGGGGGAGUUGCGGGUGGAGGCGAGGAGCCGACUUAUGAUAAGGGAGAUAGUGCGGUUGCGUCGGAAGCGGUGGCUGAACCAACUUGUCGACGUGGACCACCUGGACCACCGGGAGAUGGUAAGGGGGGAACUGGGAAUGUUGGGCUUACUUUGACAAGGCUUGUUAGGCUUAGCCAAAAUGUUAGGCUUAAGCUUAGCCAAAUCCUUAGGCUUAGGCUUAGCCAAAUCCUUAGGCUUAGGCCUAGCCAGAAUGCUAGGCUUAUGAUUGGUCAAACUGUUAGACUUAGCCCUAAGUGUCAAGUUUAGCCAAAAUGUUUAGGCUUAGGCUUGGCUGAAAUGUUAGGCUUAGUCAAAAUUCUGGGCUCCAGCUUAGACGAAAUGUUAGGCCUAGACGAAUCCCAACAUCUAGUCUCAUUCAAAAUUUGAGCAUAACACAAAUCUAGACUCACAGCAAAUUUCGAAAUGAAUUUUCUCAAAAUUCCAACCAAUUUCUCUGUUUGCCACGCAUACAUAAAAUGGGUCCCCAGAAUCGGGGUGAGGGGCUUAACUUUUUUCAAGACUUUGAAGGGAAGGGUGCCUAACUUGGCCUAUUUUCUGUUGAUAAUUUACCAAAAUUCGCUUAAAAAUGUGAGGAAGGUGUUUAACUUUGGAAAAUUUUCAAGGAGGGACCCUAACUUUGAAAACUGACUCGGGGGACCUAUUUUAUGUAUGUUGCCACGUCAUAGUUCACGUCAAAAAUCCACCUCAUUUCAGACGGUGAAAAUGGAGCUGAUGGAAAAGACGGUGCUCCUGGAGAGGAUGGAAAGAAUGGAGCCGACGCGUCAUCUGGCGGAUAUUCCGAAGGACCAGCCGAUGAAGCAAAUGCAGGAGGCUGUGUUCGAGAAUGUCCAGCUGGACCACCAGGACCAACAGGUCCACCAGGAGACAAAGGAGCUCGCGGAUAUCCGGGAGAAUCUGGUGAACCGGGAAGUGCUGGCAAACCGGGAGAACGAGGCUCUGCUGGACCGACUGGGCCACCAGGACCACCCGGAUAUCCAGGAAGACCGGGCGAGCGAGGAGACAAUGGAAAACUAUUGUCUGGACAAGCACCAGCCGGGCCACCGGGAAGACAAGGAGAGAUGGGGCCACCAGGGCCACCAGGACCACCUGGACCAGCCGGAAAAGAUGGAGCGCCUGGAGAGAAGGGGCCAGAUGGAGAUCAAGGAAAUCCGGGGCCUUAUGGAAAACCGGGAACUGCUGGAGAUGCUGGGCCAGAUGGAGCAGCUGGAGAGAAAGGAUCUUGCGAUCAUUGUCCACCACCAAGAACUCCACCUGGUUAUUAA